AUGUCCGAGCCUUACGACCAAUACGAUGAAUCAAAUCCAAAUGCUAUUCCUUUCCCAAGCGGGUCAACAUCUGGAUAUAGCACUAGAUCAACAUCAAUAUCUGCUACUCCAGGUUAUUUAACUCCACAGUCAAGGACUCCAUCAUACGCUGCUCUAAAUGACGAUGCGGUUUCCAUCAAAUCUUCUGACUACUUGAUGGACAUGGUUCCUGAUUCUAUGACAUUAAAAGAUGGUGCUUCUAUCUCAACUGCAAAGAGAAAGGAGUUUAUUCUACCUGAAACUGACGAAAGAUCACCAUACUUUGUUGGUGUACCUGUCCCCGUUAUUGCAGCUUCGGCUGUAGUAGAUAAUGGAGAUAAGAGUUUGGAAAAAUCUACUAGAAGUAAAACAGUUAUUGGUGAUACCGAGGGUUAUGAUGGCCAGUUUGUACGUGAAUACCCAACUGACAUGUUAAUUGAUAGAUUUUAUAAAUGGAAAAAGAUUUUGAAGAGUAUCAUUGCAUAUCUUAGAGAAGUAGCUUAUGCUCAAGAACAAUUUGCAAGAAUUAAUAACCAACUCAGAAACUCAGUUAAGUUUCCAUUUUUAACUGAUUUGACUGAAGGUUCCAAUAAAAUUAUUGACCCUCUAAGUCAAGCCCCAAAGAAAAAUGCACCAACCACAAUGGCUCAAAAGAGAAAACAAAAAGAAGAGGAACAAAACGCACCAAACGUUGAUCUUCCUCCUGUUGAUCCUAGUGAACAAUUUAUGCCAGUUCAAGCUACCGACAAUACAUCAGCCUCUUCUGGGUUUUUAAGAUUCGGAUCUGGUUCUAUUCAAGAUAUCCAAGUAAUUUUGAAAAAAUACCAUGUCUCACUUGCUAAUCAACAAUUUAAAAUUUCCAAAGAAAUUGUAUCUACUGUUAUUCCAAAACUUGAAGAAAUCAAGAAAGACCUAUCCUUUAAAAUUAAAGAAAUUAAGGAAUUGAAUGGCGAUUUCAAGACCAAUAUCAACUACCACAUAAAAAUGACAGGCAUCCUUCUGAAGAAGUAUAUUGCUGCGUGCAGAUUUGUUGAUAGAAACAACUAUCUACAAGAUGUACAAAACAAAUUAAAGCCCAAGCACGAUCCCUAUCUACUAAAACUUCAACUAGACUUACAGCUGAAAAGACAAAUCGCUGAAGAAAAUUAUCUUCAAGAAGCGUUUGUUAAUUUACAAAGCUCAGGUUUACAGUUAGAGAAAAUUAUAUACUCUAGAAUUCAGCAUGUUUUACAAAGAUACUCCACCUUGAUCGACUCUGAGGCCAGGCUAAUGAUUAAAAAUUUGUGUCAAGAGUUACAAUAUGGUAUACUCGCUAAACCUCCAGCCAUGGAGUGGGACAACUUUGUUUCCCAUCAUCCACUUUGUCUGUUGAACUGGAAGUCAAAUGAUCCUGUUCCUGUUCCUAGGAAUGCAUCGGCUGUAAUCUAUCCGAAUAUGAAAUCCCCAAUGUCCAAGUGUAUUAGGGCCGGCUAUUUUAUGAUGAAAUCGGAAUCAAAAAGCUCAAAGUCGAAUAAUUUCCAGAAAAGUUAUUUUAUUUUGACGUCUACAUAUAUUCAUCAAUUUAGUUCUAGUGACUUCUACAAACCUAAGAAAGGUGCUCCAAAUCAACAAAAUUCCAUCCAAUUCCAAUUCCAACCCAAUAUCUACCACAAUUACAAUAACAACUCGAUUAAUACUAGAAAGGUAUCUGGUAAUGUGAAUGCUGUUUCGGGUCACAAUGGUGUUACAGUCGAAAAUAGCCCUUUCAGUCGUCAUUCGGAAGUAAUUCCUAUUGCGUCAAUUCCUUUAAGCGAAUGUAGACUUGUUGAAUCUUCAGAUGCAAUUUUUGUUAUAGAAGGUAAGGCUGAAUAUUCUAACAAUUUAACAGAAAAAGUUCCAAAGAAGCAGGUUUAUAAGAGUAUGGCUCAUGCAGGCUCCAAUACCAUUUCAAACCCUCUUGCAUCUAUCCCUGGCGCCAAAUAUGGCCAAGAUGCAUCUACCAAGGUGCUUCACAAAACCAAGCUGAGUAAAUUGGUGAAAGGAGCAAAAGCCAAGACACUUGGAACUGAAACUAGCAAACAUUCAAAAUCUGGCCUGGAAAAAGAUGCUAACAAAGUUGUCACCAAUAAGGUCUAUACUACAGAGCAGGUUAAAUGGACUUUUAAGAUGGUUGCGGAAAAACCAACUGAAGAUGAAGUUAAAUACUUUAACAAAUGGAUAAUUGACAUUAAAAAUCUUACGAAAUUUGAAAAGCCCAAAGAGCGCUUCAAUUUUAUUGAGGAUAGAUUGAUGAAAUCACAAACAAAGAGUCAAAUGUCUGUUGCAGAAGAGGGCAGGAGUAAUCAAAAUAGUACGUCCAAUUUUGCUGGAAAACCUACAUAUAUCUCAUUGGGUGUUGACUCCAAGAGUACGUUUACACCGGAUGGUUCUGUGAUGAAUACACCUGCCAUUGACGAUAAUGGUAACCUUAUAACCUUUGGUCAAAGACAUUCUGUUGUCUCACCACACUACUCUAAUAACUCAGACAACUCCUACAGACAGUCAUAUAGACCAACAAAUUCACUUCCUGGUAGUAGGAAUCUUUCUCCUCUCCCAGUUAAUUCACCAACUAGUGUAAAUUCUGAGGGUAGUGGUGGUGGUUAUUUUGCUAUUCCAGUGAAUAAGCAAAUGUCACACCCAGGAUCUAAUGUUCAAGUCAGUGAGUUUGGAAGUCGAAGUAAUGUGAACACAGCUGGUAGUUCUCCUAAUAUAACUGGUAUGGGAUACUUUGUUCCGGUGCAAAGCACUGGUGUUGUUCCAAAGGUUAAAGUAAAUAAUGAAGAAAUGGGACAGAAUAGCCCACAGCCUCCAGCCUCACCAUAUAAUAGUUUGAGAAAAAAUAUUAGUACUGGUAGUAUUCCUACUCUUAACAAUGAAGGAAGUAGACCUGAAAGUGGUAAUUUUUACAAGAAUAAUAAUAGCUCCACUAAUCUAGUUGCAGCCGCUAACGGGACAGCAAGGGUUCAAGCUGUAAGGAAACAUAAAAAAAAUGUCUCUUUCAGCUCUUUAAAUAGUUUGAUGUUUUCAAAGAAAGGUAGCGUUGGUUAUGGUGGUCAACCAAUCAAUGGUAUAAGCGAAAACAGCGAUAAUGAGGAUGAGGGUAACUCGAAGGAAAGUAAAAUCAAGUUAAAUCAAUCACUAUAUUCAUGA